ACUGGCCUCCGGGGCCCAGCAGACCUCAGAAACUGUACGUGGCUGUGGAGUGAGUAGGGCAGGGGAAGGAAUGGGAGCUGUGUUUGUGAGCACUUGUGUGUAUGUAGGAGGCCACUGUGCUGCUGUGUGCGUUCUUAGUAACGGCCAGUAUGCACUGAGAGGUAUGUGUAAGUUAGGGCUGUGGAAGGCUUAAGUGUAGGUGUUACGGAGCAAAGCGAGUUUGACUAAGGGAGGGGCCACCCACGUCCCUUCGUUCUGUGAUAUAAUGUAACUGUAGGUGCUCGGAUAGUAAUUUCUACCCUCCCCUCAAGGGGUUACAUGGGCAAGAGAUGGCCCCGGGUAGGCUCUGAAAACCUGAACACAAGCCAGCCUGUUGACCCAGAGGGUCUGUGGCUCGGGGACUUUAAAGCCUGGACUUUUCUGCAGCACGCAGAACACCUGCCUCUCCCUUCUCCUCCCUUCCUCUUCCCUUCCCCUCCCCUUGCUAUCUCUGUGUGUGUGUGUGUGUGUGUGUGUGUGUGUGUGUGUGUGUGUGUGCACCCAUGCGUCUGACUAGCUCCUCUAUCUCCUACUGCUUCAGACUGCCCAGACAGUGCCUCUUUCUAAUCUCUCCCUAGUCUGGAGACAGGCUGAUAUAGUAAGGGGAGGCCUGGCCUUGCCUUCCUCCCUCUUCACAUCUGUCACUCCAGGAAGCCCUUUGCUCCCACACCACCACCCACUCUUCUACAGCCCAGCCUUUCAUACCUGCUUAUACCUUUAAUCAUGGGCUCUUCAGAGGAAUACAGAAAGAGUCUCCCUAUGAAUACCUAGAGACUUCCUUGCUACUGUGGGCCAUUGGUCCACUAGGGAGUACGGAUCUGCAGAAAUGACAGGGAUUUGGGGAGAGGAGGGCUUCUGAUAUCAAAAGCUACCCCCCCCCCGGAGGGGGGGGGGACUCCCAGAUAACAGCUGGCAGCCAGCAGCAGGUGUGGAGCCCAGGGAGGACCUUUGGACUACACAUUUCCUUACCUUGUCCCUGCUUAGAGAAGUAGGGAACAUAGAUAAUUCCCAGUUUACAAAGCUUUGAUUUAAGGUAGAAGAAAAAGUUAUAAUGACAUUUGAAGACUUACAAUGAUUUAAAAAAAACUUUUCUAAUAUAUAAAGGCAAUACACACUGAGUAGAAACUGUAUUUAGGGUUUUGAGUUUUGCCCUUUACCAGGCCAGUAAUGCAGGAUGACUGUCUUGUGAUGCUGGCAUGGGGCAGGCACUGGAACCCUUUCCAGCCACAAAGUCGCAGAGUGAACGUUGAUGCCCUCCCCACAGUAGAUUGGGUUGUCAAGAUAGGGUGCUUAGCAUAUAGAUCAUGGAUAUUAAGUGCAUUUUCGAGCUGCAGUAUUUUCAGCUCAUGAGGCUUUUUUAAGGAUAUAAAAAAGUCCAUUGUAGGCCUCUGUCUGAGCAAAAGAGGGCCAUUCUCUUCAGAAGGAACACUACUCUGGAAGAGGCUGCCUAGAGGGUGGUACUGUCUGGAGGGCUGGUGCCUGUACCACCUCGGCUAAGAGGGUCUGCCUAAGGUCUAGCUGGCUGGCUGCAUCAGGUGGAACCAGCCCAGAGCCUGGGCACUGACUGUCAUCACUUGUCAGAGAUAUUGCUCUUGGAAAGAGACGAAAGAGUAGGUGACCUUCCUCCCUCGUGUGCCUAUGAAUUGUCCAGAUUUGGCUGUGUUCUCAGGUGUGGGUGUGAAUGUGGUCCUGGGGUUGUGAUCUUGGGCAGGAGACAACAGACACUCACCAUCCAUACAUACAAAUGAAAAAGCAGGGGCUCCUGAAAUGGAUUAAGCAUUAUGUGAAGUUCCUCGGGGCUGCACAGUUGCUCCAGGCAUCUUUUAAAAUGUCACUCAGUGGUGUCACUCCUUUACCAAUACCCCACUGUGACUUUUUAUGACAUCUAAGCAACCCCAUGUUCCUUGGGUGGCCUGUGCAGGGUCUGAGAUCUCCUGGUACCCAUGGCAUCCUUGAUACCACAUUUGGCUAUCUCUGACCAUCUUUACAUCUGAGAAAUUUGGGUCUUCAUAUUUUUCUCAGUCCAUAACCCCCUGUCUUGGUCCUGUGUAGAUCUCAGGUUAAAACCAGAUUCUUUGAGAGAGGGCCCUAACUAGACUGCAGAGGACCCCCCAGUUCCUCUCUGCACCACUGCUCUGGGUCAGUGGCUUUGCAUAUGAGGCACUGUUACUUACCUUCAUUAUUUCUCUAUGUGUCAUAUGUCUGUCUCUACUUAAGUAUAAACUCUUCUUAUAUGGGCCUGCUCUUGGUGGUACCUAAGACAGUUCUGUGGGUGUAGGAGGCUGUGGUACAAAUUGGCUUUUUGUUUCUGCUCUGUGCCCAACCUUUUUGUUUGUUUGUUGAGACAGGGUUCUCUCUAUGGCUCUGGCUGUCCUGGGACUCACUCUAUAAACCAUGCUGGGUUUUUUUUUUUUUUAAAGAUUUAUUUAUUUAUUAUAUGUAAGUACACUGUAGCUGUCUUCAGACACUCCAGAAGAGGGCAUCAGAUUUCGUUACGGAUGGUUGUGAGCCACCAUGUGGUUGCUGGGAUUUGAACUCAGGACCUUUGGAAGAGCAGUCAGCGUUCUUAACCACUGAGCUAUCUCGCCAGCCCCCAUGCUGGUUUUUUUUUUUUUAAACUCAGAUAUCCUCCUGCCUCUGCCUCCAAGUGCUGGGAUUAAAGGUGCCACUCAUUACCUCUGGGGCCCUUGUAUUUUUGAAGCCUAGGGGAAUUGCGCUAGGACAGGAGUUGUCCUAGACCUGCUCCUUUGAGAAGUAGGUAAGGUAGGUAUUGCUCAUGGCUCUCCUGAUGCCUUGUGGGACUACUCUGUAGGUGACUUCACUUCGGGGUUCUAGCCAGCAACCUUAGAAUCAGUUAUGAGAGCUGGUCACCAGGUGCAAGAUCAGUUCCUCUGAAACCACUGUUUAAAGUGAGAGCAAGAGGAAGUGAUGCACAGGAUUAUAAACACAUAUAGGUUGGCCCUACCAGCUGUCCCAGGGAAGCUCUGGCGAACUCCUGGCCUGUUGUACUCCCAGGUCCUUGCAGAAGACAUGGCUGUCAUGUGUGGUGUUGCUAACCUAUGCAGAGCUGCUGUGUGCAUUAGAAACACCCUCUCCAUCUGCAUAUGGCCCUGCACCUUAGUAUACCAAGCAGAGAGAGGGCUGGAUGUUCCAUCCUGGAUAGUGUGUGUGUGUGUGUGUGUGUGUGUGUGUGUGUGUGUGUGUGUGUUCGUGCACGUGCCUGCCCCAUGUGUAUUUGUGCUGGCCUCUGUCCUUGGAGCAGGACACAAAGAAGAGUAAGAAGAGCAUGUGUAUGAACGAGGCAGAAGCUGCACACAUGUCCUUUAGACCAAGAUCAGCUGCUUCCACCUCAGCAACAAACCUAACAGCCACUCUUCUCUGCCACUUUGAGUCGCCUUCCCAGAUGGAGCUGCUGUGUUUUCACCCUCAGUCACACAGCAGAAAACCUGUGUCCUGGAGGCUCAAAACGGAUGGGUAAUUCAGAACUCAGGUCCGGGUAUAUGAGACUCUAACACUGUAGUCUUAAUUUAGCAGUUUAUGUCCCUCUUCUUCACACUGAGGUUUUGUUUUUUUCAAUUAAAAGUAUAUUGUACUCACCAGUUUUAAAAGGUUAAACAUCCACAGCGUAUAUGAGAGCCAGAUGUGGUGCACACCUCUAACUACAGCACUUGAGAGAAAGAUGGAAAUGGGAGGAUUAAGAGUUCAAGACUAGCCAGGUGGUGGUGGCACACACCUUUAAUCCCAGCACUUGGGAGGCAGAGGCAGGCGGAUUUCUGAGUUCGAAAUGAAGUGAGUUCCAGAACAGCCAGGCUACACAGAGAAACCUUGUCUCGAAAAACCAAAAAAAAAAAAAAAAGGGAAAAAAAAGAGUUCAAGGCUAUCCUCAGAGUGAGCUAGAGGCUAACCUGUGCUAUAUGAGACCUGCCUCAAAUAUACACAGGCAGAUAGAUGGACAGACAGAUGAACACACACACUCUACACAUCUUACAUACAAGUUUCAAGUAGAUAUAGUGACUCAUACCUGUAGUCCUAGCACUCCAGAGGCUGGAGCAGGGGGAUUGUGAGUUUGAGGACACCCUAGACGACACAAUAAGAUCUUGCCUUCACUUAAAAAAAAAUCUAAAAGACAUAUCCCCCCCAAAUGAAAAAUGUCUCUUCCAUUCUAAACUCUGCUCCCCUUUCAAGACAACCACCUUCAUUUAUUUCUGCAUCCUUCAAAUCAAUUAUUUAUAUGCAUAUAUAUGUAUGUAUGUAUGUAUGUAUGCACGUAAACUUUCACUAAGUGAAUCUGGAGAUGCACAAAACACUCUACCUGGUUCUAGGAAUUUAAUAUUAGACUUUAGGGAUCACUUGAUGGUAGAACACGUAGAUUUAGAUUCUCUUUCAGCUGCAUAAUGUUUCUCAAGCUCUUUCAUUAUAGCAUUUAGACACGUCUGUGUGGCUAGAUAUUUACAUUUUUUCCACUUUUUGCUGAUAUACAAAGAGCCAGGAGCACAGUGCUGUGACAAGUACCUAUAGUUCCAGCCACAGAAAGAGUGAAGAAAAGGGGUGGUUAUGCUUAGGAAUUUGAUGCCAGCAUGGGCAGUAUGGUGAGACCUGUCUACAAAAACAAUGAUAAAAUAUACAUAGAGGUGCUCUAUUAAGGACCUUGAUAGACAGGUCUCUGUGCAAACACAAGGCUUCUCUGCAGAGUAAAUUCCUGGCAGUGGAUUCCGGGGAACAAGGAUGUUGAUAAAUGUUGCCCAAUCUUUACCCACAAGGCUGACUUGGUUUUCAGUUCCACUUACGGGGCCCCAUUUCCCUUAUUUUCAUCCAUCAUGUAUACUGUAGAUGUCUGUGAAGAUCAGUGAAAAAAACGGUGCCCUAGCCACACUGGGGUUUGGAGUUUUCACCCCUGUGCUGGGGCUGUAACUCAGGCCCUGGCAUCUGCUAGACGAGGAUUCUACCCAGGCUGGGAUUUUUUUUUUUAAAGGUCAGAAAUGGACUCUUUUUAUUUAUUUAUUUAUUUAUUUAUUUAUUUAUUUAUUUAUUUAUUUAUUUAUUUAUUAUAUGUAAGUACACUGUAGCUGUCUUCAGACACUCCAGAAGAGAGCAUCAGAUUUCGUUACAGAUGGUUGUGAGCCACCAUGUGGUUGCUGGGAUUUGAACUCAGGACCUUUGGAAGAGUAGUCGGUUUCCUUAACCACUGAGCCAUCUCACCAGCCCCCAGGCUGGGAUUUUUACAUGUAGGUGAGCAUCUUCUCAUAUGUGGCGUUUAUAUUCUUCACAGUAAGCUGUAUGUUCAUGCCAUUGUUCUACUUUGAUUUUUUUUCCCCCUUGAGGUAUGGUCUCAUUUAGCUCAGGCUAGCCUCAAGAUCACUAUGGAGCCAAGAAUCAGUUGCCUUGGACUUCUGAUCUGAGAUGACAGACAUGAACCAUCACACCUGGCUUAUACAGUGCUGAGGGUUGAACCUGGGUCUUGUAUGUGCCAGGCAAACAUUCUUCCCACCAACCCACGUCUCCAGCCCAUCAACUUAAAAACAUAAGAGACUAGCGUUAACCAACCAAAUCACGAAGUUAGUAAACGUGAGCAUUUCCCCAUGUUCUGUCAGACUUCCUUUUCCCUUUAAGAGAGAAAAGGUGAAGGGUUGAGUGGUGUCUUCCUUACCUAGCAUAGAGGAGGACCCAAGAUUGAUCCACAAUGCUACCCAAAAGGAAAGAAAUGUAAAGGUGAUGCAAAAGUGGGAGACCCCGGGGGUGCAAGUCUGUCCUUGGCUACAAGAGCUCCCAUCUAAGAUGGAGGAGGAAGAAGAAAGCGGGUGGGGAGAGGUUGCCAGGCAAACUGCUCAUUAGGUGUAAUCUCAGCACAGAGAGGGGGGAAGAAAGACUGAGAGGUAAGAAGGCAAGGGAAAGAGGCACAGUGCAUGUAUAAAACUAAAGGAUUGCGUCUAUAGUCAAUUCUAUUCUUAUAUGUCCAGAAUUCAAUUGUCACUCAAACUUGGGUAUACUCUGUUUACUCUUAUAUCAUACACACAUAAUUCACACACACACACAGACAUACACACACACUACAAACAAUAUUGCUUUCUGAUCAAUACUUUAUCAGCUUGUAACACGUAAAAGUUACAUUUAUAGUUUUAGGUUUAUCUGAAUCGAUCCACAUGGAUGAAUUAAUCAAUUUAAGUACUGCUCAAUUAUGUGAACAGAGCACAGUUUACUUAGCCAGCGCCCUGUCUGGUUCCUGCUUCUCUGCUCUGCUCUUCUGUUGCUCUUGGAUGGGGUGUCUGUAUGAAAGGGAGGCUUACUCUGGGGUACACCCAGGAAUGGAAUUGCCAGGCUUUGGGGUGUGUAUGACUUCCUUUCUCUCUCUUUUUUUUUAAAUACAUUUUUCUGUUUGUGUAGCCUAAGAUGGCCUUGAACUCUUGCCUUCUAUCUCAGCUAAGUGCUAGAAUUAUAGGCUAGGAUUAUAAGCAUGUACCGUCAAACCCGACUCUCUGAUUUAUUAUGGGAAAAUACAUAGUCAUAACAUUUCAUAACAUUAUAUUUUCCAUCUUAAUCAUUUAAAAUUUGAAAGUGUGUGUGCGUGUGUGUGUGUGUUUGUGUAUGUGUUCAGGUGGAGUCCAGAGGACAGCCUGCAGUGUCAUCUUCAGGAACACUACCUCUUUUUUUUUUUUUUUGAGAUAGGAUCUGCUGUCAUUGGCCUGGAGCUCACCAAUUAGGCUUGUCUGGGUGUGUACUACCAUGCUCACAAAAUAAAUAUAUAUAUAUUUUUAGGUUUAUACAAAUUGACCCAGGGAUCUUUACAUGGAUUUUGGGGAAUCAACUCAGGUCCUUGUGUUUCAGGGAAAGUACUUGAUGGAUUGAGCCAUCUCCCUAACUCCUUUCAUAGCCAAUCAUAAGUGCAUAGUUCAAGGGCAUUAGGUACGUUGAUAGCGUGCAGCCGUCUCCACCAUCACUCUGAAGAACUCUUUGUUUUGUAAAGUAGAAUCGGCGAACCCCCUGGACAACCCAUUUUGCUGCUCCCAUCUUAUCCUCUCAACCACUACUCUACUUUCUGUUCCUAUGACUACUGAAAACUUCCUUGCUAUAUAAGUAGAGUCAGAUAGUGUGUGUCUUUGUGACCACAUCCUUCCAUUCAGCAUAUUGUCCUCAGUGUUCAUCCAUUAUGUACAGACGGUCAGAAUUUUCUUGUGUGGCUGAGCAGUAUUCCAUGAAACUUGGGUACCAAAUGCUCCUGAUCAGGUUAUUCUUUCUUAGACACUUGGAUUGCCUCUAUGUCUUGGAUUUUGUGACUGACCAAUGCUGUAGUACAUAAAUUUCUUGGGCGUCACGGUUUCACUUCCAUUGGGCACAUACCCGGAAGUAGAAUUGUUGGAUCUUAUUGUACCCUUUGUUUUUCGUUGGCUUAGUGGGCCCCCCCUUCCCCAGUUUGUGGGAUUGUUGAUAUUUGUAGAUCACAUGAAUUGUGUGUGACUCAUUUGAAGCCUGACUCUUGAGCCCUGUACACCACUGUGAGGCAGGCAGUGGCUUUGGAGCGUCUCUUCUGGACAGACAGCUGCCCAGCAAAGAAGCUUUGCUCAGUAGCCUCAGGUGCUGCUUGGCAACAGUGAAACAACUUCCUCAGACUGCCUCCUUCCUGCCCACCCUGCCAUGCUGUACCUCACCAGUGUGCCGGAGAGUCUGGGCCAGCAGGUGGCCCGAGGCAGCCGGGAUGACACUUCUCCCCAGGAACCCUGCUAUCUGCUGAGAAACAUGACCAGCAAAUCUCACUGGAAGCUCCUGGCCCUGGCUCUGGUCCUUGUUGUUGUCAUGGUGUGGUAUUCCAUCUCCCGAGAAGAUAGGUACAUUGAGUUCUUUUAUUUUCCCAUCUCAGAGAAGAAAGAGCCAUGCUUCCAGGGUGAGGCAGAGAGACAGGCCUCUAAGAUUUUUGGCAACCGUUCUAGGGAACAGCCCAUCUUUCUGCAGCUUAAGGAUUAUUUUUGGGUAAAGACGCCAUCCACCUAUGAGCUGCCCUUUGGGACUAAAGGAAGUGAAGACCUUCUUCUCCGGGUGCUGGCCAUCACUAGCUAUUCUAUACCUGAGAGCAUAAAGAGCCUCGAGUGUCGUCGCUGUGUUGUGGUGGGAAAUGGGCACCGGUUGCGGAACAGCUCGCUGGGCGGUGUCAUCAACAAGUACGACGUGGUCAUCAGAUUGAACAAUGCUCCUGUGGCUGGCUACGAGGGAGAUGUGGGCUCCAAGACCACCAUACGUCUCUUCUAUCCUGAGUCGGCCCACUUUGACCCUAAAAUAGAAAACAACCCAGACACGCUCUUGGUCCUGGUAGCUUUCAAGGCGAUGGACUUCCACUGGAUUGAGACCAUCUUGAGUGAUAAGAAGCGGGUGCGAAAAGGCUUCUGGAAACAGCCUCCCCUCAUCUGGGAUGUCAACCCCAAACAGGUCCGGAUUCUAAACCCCUUCUUUAUGGAGAUUGCAGCAGACAAGCUCCUGAGCCUGCCCAUACAACAGCCUCGAAAGAUCAAGCAGAAGCCAACCACGGGUCUGCUAGCCAUCACCUUGGCUCUACACCUCUGCGACUUAGUGCACAUUGCUGGCUUUGGCUAUCCAGAUGCCUCCAACAAGAAGCAGACCAUCCACUACUAUGAACAGAUCACACUUAAGUCUAUGGCGGGAUCAGGCCAUAAUGUCUCCCAAGAGGCUAUCGCCAUCAAGCGGAUGCUAGAGAUGGGAGCUGUCAAGAACCUCACAUACUUCUGACUUGGAUGGGAGCUGUAACACCUUGGUUCCCUACUUUGCCAUCUGAGUAGGCCCUGUCUACAGCUUAGAGGUUCCUGGUGCCAGUACAAUCCAAUUGAACUCACCCUCAAUGGAGAGGGUGUUCUGGGGCUGUCCAGGUCUCCAGAGAGGCUAUGCCCCUGCCUACUUUGGUGGAUUUCAAAUCCAGACAGGGUAGUCACACCGAGGCUACAGGAGCCUGGCUAAAGGGGGGGGGGGGGGUGCUGUUACUGUGGCAUCCCCUCUCUCAGCCAGCACAAAGAGCUGUUUUGUUUUGUUUUGUUUUGUUUCGUUUUGUUUUGUCUUGUAUUGUUGGUGGUGGUUGGUUGGGUUUUGUUUGUUUGUUUGUUUUUGUUUGCUUUGUUUUGUUCUUGAGACAGGGUCUGACUGUGAAACCCUGGCUAAUCUGGAACUCACUAUGUAGACCAGACUGGUCUUGAACUCACAGAGAUCCAACUGCCUUUGCCUCCCAAGUGUUGGGAUGAAAGGCAUGUACUACGCCUGGCCCCAACACCAAGAGAUUAUUUAACAUUCUAUUUAAUUAAGGGGUAGGAAAAUGAAUGGGCUGGUCCCAGGAUGUUCAUGAAAGGGACACAAUACAGUGUUCUGCCCACUUUUUAAUAAAAUUUACAUGUGAUUGGCCUGUUAAGGCCCAAUUCUAGAGCUGGCCUCCCAGAAAGAUGGAGGCAUCAAGAGUGGGAGGGUGUCCUCCAGAGAGAGGUUGCUACUUCCCAGCAGGCAUGGGGGGAGCAUUGACAAGGGGGUUCCACCUAGAAGGGGCCUCACCUUGAAAAGAGGUUGUAAAAGACCAUUAAAAUAUUUUUUUUUCUAAAAUGGAA